AUUCUCAAAUUUACACAAAACGAGGUUCAUUCGUAGAUCAUUAAUCUCCGCCUCAUAAUUCUCUCCAGCUUACAUUCAGAAAGCAGAAUUCCCUCCGAGUUUCAAAAUAGAAAGUGACACAACUCAUGGCAUACCUCACACAAUCCUGAAGAUGUUGUUUCUAAAAUAUUGCCGAAAUCGAUGGGCUCAUCAAUUGUUGAAAACACAACUGAUGUCUAUCUCCAGUACCAAUCACAGGAGGAUGACACGUUCCAUUUUGUUUGUGACCUUCGUUAUAUUCCUGAAAAAUACCUAAGGAAACCCUACCCUAAUUCAGACGGAGACGAUAUCUGGGCGGAUCCUGAGUUUCCUUAUCCACCAAUAGAUAUUUUCCCCCAAGGGACCACCUGGGUUAGAUCUAAGGAUUUGAUAGAAACCCCUGUGUUGUUUCAAAAUCCUCUACCUUUUGUUACAGUAUUUAGAGGCUACUUUGAUACAUCAAACUUUUUGGUAACUUUUUUGACUGUUAUGGAAAAUGACCUGCUGUUUUCAAAGGUUUUUAAGUCUCCUUGUAUUUCUGAAGAAAACAAGAAAAUCGAUGGCGUUUUUCACUUCCGUUUCUGGUAUUUUGGUCAGUGGGUGGACAUCUACAUUGAUGAUUUAAUACCUGUUCAAGAAGGAUGCUUAAUGAUGACGUCUCACCCAACUUCCUUCUUCAAAAACGACAUUGGAAUCACAAUGGCUGAGAAAGCUUAUGCUAAGUUCAUAGGAGGUUAUAGGAACAUGGAAGAGAAGGACUUUGAUGACUUUUUUCACGGGCUGACAGGAGGAUAUGCUGUGGAAUAUAAAUUUAAAUUCCCUGUCCACGGAACACAGGUUUUCAGAAAAAUCAGAGAUGCCCUUGAUAGUGGAGCGUAUAUUUUCUGUUCUGUUAAGAGCAUGAAAUCGUACUUUUUUGGAUUUGGGGAAAAUAAGGAUUAUUCUAUUAUCGGGACAUUAGAAAUUACGACUUACCUCAAUGAAGACGUCUGUUUGAUUAAACUAAGGAACAUUUGGAGUGAUUUUGAAUGGACGGGCCCUUGGAGUCAUGGGAGUUCUGAAUGGGCUAAAUGUCCAUUUGAUGUAUACGAGCGGAAUGUCACACAGAGUAAUGAGAAGUGUUUCUUCUACAUGGACGUGAAUGAUUUUCUUGAAUACUUCGAAGGUUUCACCAUUGGAAGUGUCAUUCCAGAUUUUAAAUUCAAUGGGCCAAGUAAUAUGGAUUACCACGUCAGUAUUUACGGAGAAUGGCGAGGACAUACAGCAGCGUCUUUCACAAAUCACCUGAAUAACCCAAAAAUCCAAUUCACAGUCUCCAAAGAAGAAAACUUUGCCAAGCAUUUGUUUGAUGUUGGUAUUAUUUUGACUCAGAAAAUUGUCAACAAGGAAAAGCCAUAUGGAAUUCAUUGCAGUUUAUUGAAGGUGGUAGACACAUCAACAGAUGGAACAUAUAUUGUUAAGUAUAUCGGUCAGAAAAUGGAAUACUAUGCACAAGAGCAAGUCGCAAUUCGACAGAGUUUGUCGCAUGGAUUAUAUAUAAUAGUACCAUCCACCGAAAAAAAUGGCCAAGAGCGACAAUUUCUUCUACGAGUUUUCAGCGAGGAAGCUCUGCAUGAUAUUGGGUCGCUUCCUGAGAGCAGACGGUUGGUGCUGUGUGGAGAGGAGGGGUUAUACCAGGAAGAUAUUUAAAGCUAACAUUUACACAAACCGAGUUUUUAGCGCCAUAUGCUUACUCUAUUACACAGACAUUUGUUGAAAGUUACCUCAUUAAAUUGAAGAGCUACGAGCAAAAAGCUUCCGUAAGAAUUUUUAUUUACAGUGUACAUUUUCGUAAAAAAAAAGUUAAGGUAAAU